ACAACCACUUCACUGAUUGCAGAGAUGAGUAGAACUCAAGGUAGAACAAUAGACAGUGGAACUCGAGGCAUGACUUCUAAUCUUGACAAUGAAAGUCCUGGUGGUAAUGCAGUGGAAGAUUUGACGCAAAACUUGCCUCUCGCCUGGUCCAGUCCUGGUUUAGAUCAAACCUGUGACAAUGCAGUGCCUAAGAACACAGAAGAAGAUAUUUCUUCCUUAUUGGGCCUGAGAAAAUGUGUGCCAUUCUUCUUCUCAUCCCCGGAAGGCCAUUCAAAGUCAGAGUUAUUUCUCAGCACUCACGUUUUCAGUGAGGCUUUAUCAUCUUUGCCGUCACAUUUUGAUCGGCGUCAGUUACUCGAUUUCUGUCUUUCCCUCAAAAUUAUUUCAAAGGAAUCUCAUUCACAUUUGCUGCAAUUAGAAACUAUGACAUUUCCACUGGAUUGCACUUUUCUUCCUGCCUCAGAAACAAUUGAAAGUUUUGACAAUGUUUUGAAACUUUGGAAUGCAACUGAAAUUAUUGUGCAGCAGCUUCAGUUAGCUGCACAGUAUCUAAAAGAUGAAAUCACUGAUGCUUUACUCAUUAUCCUCUCAUUUCGUAUUUCUGCUGAUCACAUACAACCUCUUGCUGACUGCCUCAGUUGCUCUGUUCCUGAAUCUAGUGAGUCAGUGUCUUAUAAAGCUCUUAAAAUUCUGUGGGACUGGAGGGACAAGGAAGCACUGCAUGCCAAUUGUCGUACAUUAGUUAAAGCGUUUCUUGCGUCUGAGAUGAUACCAAUUGAUAUUACCAGAUUUGUCAUUAGUUAUAUCAAAUCAGAGCAUCAGGUUCAGAUAUCAGUCACUUCAAGCAGUAAAAAUGAAGGGGACGAACCAUCUAUAACACAACUGAGACUAAACUUUGCACAGUCGUACAUUAAAGUUAUUGAAGAUAUCGCACAAGAGCGCAUAAUCGAUUGGCUGAAAGUGACAAGUGAAACUGAUAUUCACGUUUUCAUCCUGAAGCGCUGCAACUGGGUUAAUUAUGACCUUCUAGAAGAGCUCGAUAAUGACCUUGGAAAUAAUAAGGUUUUUGCUAUGUAUGUUGAGCAAUAUAAGAGCACUAUGAAAGAUUUUAAAGUAUUUCAAAUUCCUUCACAAUCUAUUCCUGCUGUUCUGGCAUCUGGUUACUCUAUUUUUUUCAUUCUUAUUCAACCACCAAUGCGAGAUCUUUAUUCUGGCUCGGUAUUACAUGAAAUAAAAUUGAAGUUGUCAAAGAAAUUGAAUACAGAAGCUGUACACAUUUUAAUCAGUGGCAUUGUCGUCGAUGAAGCAAGUCUAUGGAUUUGUAUUUCAAUUGAGGAGCAAAUACUUCAAAAAGUUUCAGAUGAUAAUAUAUGGAAGCAUCAGAAACAGAUUGAUUAUGAUACAUUGGUCAAAGGUUCUUCCUAUCCAAUAUCUGGUGAUAGCCUGGGUGGGGCUAUUGAUUACAGUUAUUCUUUAUCAAUUGAAGCAGAUGAUGAAGUAGAUGAUGAAGCAAGAGUAGAUUUUGUUCCUGGUACAUCACAUUCACAAUUGACCCUUUCAACCUUUGAUCACAAAGAUGACACCAAAUUUAGUGCUGCAGUUGAAGAUGUUGACAUUGUAGGUGAUCUUGUAGUGAAUUUGAACAUAGGGCCCAAAUUAGAAAUUUCCAUGGAAGAAUUCAAAAGAAUCAUUCUUAAUCAAAAAGUUCCUGUUGCCUUGUGUCUGGUGGCAGUAAUGGGACUGCCAGAUUGUAACAAAACCUCAAUUUUAGAGUCCAUUUUAAGAGAAAAUAUCAAAUUGAAGGAGACCGCAACACGAAAUUUUGAAGAGUAUAUGACAAGAAAGAAAAAUCCUGAUGGUUUAUCUAUUUACGAGUUGUGUGUGCUUGGUGGUAAGCCAUAUGAUCAGUACUCAUGGUCUUUUGCUACAGAGCGAUAUGGAGCCAUUUUUUCUAUUCUCUGUGGUCUUGUUCGUCAUGUUGCUCUUGCUAAAUCCGACAUAAAAAGCGUUGAGUUUUUAAGCGAUGGCCACGUAAGUCAAAAUAAGUUAGUUGACGAUCAUUUUAAGUGGCUCAUGGGGAAAGCAGCAAAACAGCUAAAGGAUAUUUCCAAAGAUGAAAAGAAAGAGGCUCUUUUUCUCAAUGGCCUCACUCUUGCCAAUAUAAUGGAUGUUGGUGUUAACAAGGCCCUCUAUGAUUUCCUCCCUAUUAUGCUCUCCUUUUGCCGCAGUCAUUUGCGCCUUGUUUUUUUCUCUUUAGAGCGGGAUGGUCCUAAGCUUAAUGAAGUACCAGAUUUGUCAGCUGAUCACUAUAGCAGAAGAAGUGACAAUCGUUUAGCUUUGACAUUGAGGUCACGACUUAAUUGCAUUCUUCACUUUGCAACACUUGGCCACAAUCCAAAACAGAAGGAAGAUGAUAGUAAAAGAACAUUUGUUGUUGCUUCUAGUAAUAGCCAGUCUGUUGUUGCUGGUUCUUCUUCGCAACUCCAUAAAGCCGCUACCGAUAAAAUACAAGAAGAAGCAGAAAAGCUAAAUAUUAAGAAAUUUGUUUCAAACGUUGCACUUGUUUCAAUUAAUGAUGCUGAUUCAUUGAAAAGUGCAAAAAAGGAAAUUACAGAAUUUAUUAUGAAAGACCAAAUUUUUCAAAAAACUCUUCCACUUAAAUGGAUUUUCCUACGGAGCCUUGUCAUUUCCGCACAACAAAAAGAAGGGGACAUGAAAACAAUGAUAUUAAGAAAAAUCGAUAUUUACGAUGCUGCUGCCAAGGAGAUAGGGAUGGAUGAAGAAGAGUUUGAGAACUUUCUUGUCACUUUUACUGAUUUUGGUAGCAUCCUUUAUAUGCCACAGUUUAGAGCUUUGAGAGACAUUGUAGUUGUUGAUAUAUGGGAGUUUGUGCGAUUUUUAAAUGAGCUUAUUUAUCCGAAAGAAGGAAAAAAAUGGUACAAAGAUUUGACCACUUAUGGAAUCAUCAAGAUUUCAGAUGCAUCAGAAAUUUUAAAAAAGUACGUAGACAUUUUUAUGAAAAUUAUCAUCACUUUUGGAAUGGCAGCUUUUAUUAAUAGAGAAAAAGCAUAUUUGAAUGGACGUUUUUUGACUGAAGUGUGUUACUAUUUGCCUUCUGCCAGAAUUAAUAAAAGAUCUCCUCCAUCUGAUCAUACCAAUGACUAUGCCUUUCUUGAAAUCGAAAGUGCUAAUUUUCCUGCUAACAUUCAAGCAAGCAUCAGUCAUGAGAUACUGAAAAAGCCAAAUUUUUAUCUCAUUGGAAACGAAAGUUUCAACACGUCACAGUUUGGAUAUCGACCUCCAAGAGUCCGUCCGAUUCAAAUUACAAUGGUGUAUGGAGCAAACCAAACGAAGCUCAUAUUUCAAAUCAAAGAUGCCUCUACUGGUAUGCAUGAUUGUGUGCAAGCUUGUAAAGGCAUCAUUGAAGCUUGUUGCGACAGUCUCAAUAGAAUGGCCAACCAGAUUUGAUAUUUGAAGUACUCAAUUGGUAUUCCAUGCUCUGCUGUCAAUGGUGCUAGUCAUUAUGUCUAUUUCAAUGAUGAUUCUGAUUUAUGCCAGGCUUGCAAACGCACUAGUCAUGAUGCAUUUUUCUGCCGUAAUUGCUGGAUUGCAGCAGCAAAAAUGUGCAAUAAGCUUAGGAAAGAGGAGGAUCAUCUUACAUUUUCUGAGCUUUCACAAGUCGUGCAAGAUGUAGCAGGGACAAACAUGAUCUCUAGGCUAAGACAAAAGUUUAAUGUAGAUAUACACAAGGCUACAAAAAGCUACCAAGAAGAUCGCCAGUUAAUGGAAGCACUGAUGAAGUGGGAGACCAAGCAAAGCAGUCCCAGGCACUCUUUGAUUAAAAUAUUGCACGAAAUGCAACUGAACCGUACUGCUGAUAAACUAAAACUACAUGUACCUAUUACCUCUCCCUGAAAUUUUUACUUUUGUGCUGUACAAAGUUGCUUAAAUACUGACUAAAACUUUAGACUGCUACUAGCUUUUACAUAGAUAUUUUGUCUAACAUUUUAUAUAAAAUUAGCAUGCCUCUGUUUUAGAAAUGAAUUAU